AAUAUAUUGCUGAAGGCAGGCCUCUGGUGUUGUCUGAAGCAGCUUUGCUCAUUCAUGGAGGAAUUUCUUGAGCAUUACAAUAGGGACUAUGUAAGGAAUACCAUGAUGAAGCAUCAAGAGAUCUUCAGACAUCAGAUAAAUGAACUUCAUCGGCUAUAUCGAGUUCAGAAGAUGAUUAUGGCUGAGCUUGGAAGCAGCAAGUUUGAGCUCCAAUCCCACAGCAAUGCAACUUCAAGAAAGCUGAAUUCUGAUACAAGCACAGCAGAUUGGAUCAGUUUAUCUACCUCAGAGACUUGCCAUGCUUCUUGUGUUAGUGAUGCACAUCAGUUCACAGAUCACAUUAAUUCUGAUUGCAGAUACAUGCUUCCAUCUGGUAACUGGUCAGGUCGGAGUGCAAAGGAACUGAUGAUCUGCUAUGAAGAUCCUCGUAGAGUGAGCAAAGGUCUCGAUCUUGAACAGCCUGCUGAAGAAUUUACUUUCACAGAAGCAUGGACCAUCCAAGAUCAAGCUCUCAUGUUUAAGAAACAGCUGAAGGAUAACAGCAGCAAGCUUAAAUGCCCACAUAACUCAUGGCUUGAUGAUGAGAGUGAGAUUCAGUUGACAUUAGGCAUUGCCUGUGGAACAGAUAAGAGGCCAUCAGAUUUUUCUGCAUCCAAAUUCUGAUUCAGGGUGGCUGCUCAAAGCCAGAGAUUUCAUGCAACAUCAGGAAUCUGCAGAUUGCUUUUGUAGAGAAUUACCUGAGUGAAAAACUUUGGUACCAUCUUUGCAAAAACUCGAGCUCAAAACGUCUUUGUGAUUGGCAUUCCAAGAGUUCAGCUGGGUUCAACACUUGCUCUGGUGCAGGCUGCUGAUCGAGAUGUCAGUUAAUUGGAGGAAUGAGAGAAUUUGACAUUGAACCUCACAUUAUUUAUUGAUCAGGCUUCAAAAGCAACCUCUUCUCUUCCUUGGUCUUGAGGUUGAAUUUUUCUUGGCCAGGACUUGCUGGUCUCAACAAAAAUAUUAGUACAAAUUAUUUAUAUUGUAAAAGAAAAUGGAUAUGAAUAACUUCUCAUACCACAUAUUAUUCCA